GCGAAGCCCAGGCAGCGCCAGAGUUUUGGAGAUACUGCGGCGCCUUUCACAGCUCGGGUAGCGAUGGGCCCCGUGCUCCGCGGAUUUCUGUGCUUCGCGGCAGCCCAGGGUGCCUUGCAGAUGCGCGAGGGCGCGUUGCGCGAGGGCGCGUCGCAGGGAAGGACGGUCUUGGAUGAGCUCCUUAAGGCCUUCAAGAGUGACAAGGGCCUCCUCCUCCGAGAGAAUUUCUCAAACUUUUCUUCUCAGUGGCCCCAGUCAGCAUCUGCGCUCAGAUGGGACUUGCCUCCAGCCCUGUACGUCGUGAAGUGGGAUACGGAGGUCACCGGCCUGGUUUUGCAGCCAAAGAUUGAAGUUGAGUGCGCUUACCCUGUCAACGGCAAUUCCGAAUUUCGGCGGGAUGUGCAAGACCGGAAGGACUUGUGUGGGCGCACCACCAAUCCUGCGGCAGGACGCGAAGCGACCAACAUGAGCGGUGCUUGCAACUUGACUUCACCAAAAGACUAUGCCCAGGCAUAUUUCAACAUUCCUCAACGCCAUCUCCUUGGCUUUCCGGGCUUUUGGAACCUGAACUGGGCAACUUGCCAUUUCGGCACGGUCCCGGAGGCCCUCGAAGCACAAAAGGCUUUGUGGCAGCUUGCAACCGAGCUGCCCCCCGCCACCACGGCCCCGCAAUGGCUUCGAAACGCAUCCAAGGUGGGGUUUGCUCUAACGGCUUUCAACGAGAUCGUCGUGGCUCCGGUCCACUCCACAGAUGUUCGGGCUGUCUUUUGGGCUCAUGCUGGUCCCUUCCGAGACCCCGGCGCAAGUGACUGGAAGGCUUGCAAGCUCGCAGCGUUCCUCAAGACAAACCGCACCUGGCCAGUCAUCGAGGUGGCCGACGUCAUCCUCGAGAGGCCGACCUCCAACUGCGAGGUGAAGUUCGACGCGACUUUCCUUGGCUAUUAUGCCACCAACUCGAGCUGCCUCACGGGAUUCACAGAGGCCGCGAAGAGCUUAGAGCAGCAAGGGCCAGCUCAGGCAGCGAGCAUCUUUCGGCAGCGCGAAGCAGCCGACUUUCUCAAAGCCACCGAGAAGGUUUGUGGUGAAGUCAUCAGGGUUUAG